CACCUGGAUCCCAGGACAUCCUGCACGGUUGCUGCCCCUGCAUCGUUGCAUCCCCAAAGCUAAGGACGUUUCCUGCCUCAGCACAACCUCAUUAUCAUGAGAGAGAACAUUGUGAGCAAACUUUGGAAGCAAGAGCAGGGUUUGUUCUGUGUUCUGGAACGAGCGGACGUGCUCUCCCGCCCCUUCCUAGUCAGACCCCCAGCCCAGCCGCCGCGGCUCUGCCUCGUCACCGUGGUGGGCUCUGCCCUCCAGGCCUUUGCGAGGAUGGAGGCUCCUCCUGCGCUGCAUGAAGCCGAUGACAGCCGUCCUCUGGAUGGACCACACUUCGUCCACGUGCCCCGUUCGGUCGCGAGAUGGGAACAUAAGACUCGAAAGCUGAGCGGGGCCUUCGGGUCCCCCCACCUGGCCUGCUGCACCCUGGGCGGCGCCAUCCUGCUUCUCAACGUGCUGCGCUCCCACUGCUUCACGCAGGCCAUGCUGAGCCAGCCCAGGAUGCAGAGCCUGGACAACCCCUUGGCCUACCGCAUGGGCCUGGCACUCCUGGGAGUGGGCGGCGUGUUUGUCCUUUCCAGUUUCCUGGCUCUGGGCUUCACAGGGACCUUCCUAGGCGACUACUUCGGGAUCCUGAAGGAGACCAGAGUGACCACGUUCCCAUUCAGCGUCCUGGACAACCCCAUGUACUGGGGCAGCACAGCCAACUACCUGGGCUGGGCCAUCAUGCACGCCAGCCCCGCCGGCCUGCUGCUGACCACGGUGGUGGCGCUCACCUACACGGUCGCCAUCCUGUACGAGGAGCCCUUCACCGCUGAGAUCUACCGGCAGAAAGCCUCCCAGGCCCACAAGAGGAGCUGACGGACCGCGGCCACUCCGUGGGGGUCCCCACCUCGGGCUUGCCCCGAGCACACGCCCCUCGAGGGGAGGGGGAGAGCGGUGCCUGGCCUGGGCCGUCCAGUGCCUUGGAAACGUGGCUUGGGGGCCUGGAAGGUGCCGUGUGGCCCCAGAGCCCCCGCCACCCACCACAUCCUGACCAAUAAAGGCGCCUGACCCCA